UCAGAGAGCGCGUAGGUCCUUGUCUACAGGGUCCACUGAUUCACACGAAUGAAUCGCAAUCGUAUCGCAAACGAAACGUUUUCAAAUCUAUUUAUAUGCUUGAUAGGUUAUACUGUUAUAUAAAUUGCCGUAGCUGUGCUUUUGGAGAUAAGCUUAUCCGUAAUAUAUUCCACCAUUUGAGAUCUGUCUGAUGAAAGUCGCCUUCGAAACAGUGUAACAGUAUGGAAACUUUAACCUCAUGAUGACUCACAAUGAGUAACACCAAGGUGCGUGACAUCUGGGCGGUUGUGACAAAAGCUUUCAAACUACCAAUGGCUCUUAUAAGGCGGAUGAUAACAAAACUGAUCAAUCGAGUGUUGAUGAGCGCGCUGCCAUCGCCGAAGAUGGCUGGACACACGAUAGCUGCCUGUAAUAGAAGGAAAAUGGUUGUCGGACUCGGAAACCCUGGCAUGAAUGGCUCUCGACAUAGUGUUGGUAUGGCUGUGCUCACAACAUUAGCUGAACGUUUGGGAACGCCGGAUAGCUGGAGGUCUGACAGACAAGUUUCCGGGGAGGUCAUUGUGACACAUUUUGAGGAUAUCCAGUUGGUUCUUCUUCGACCCAAAUUGCUCAUGAACGUCAAUGGCGUGAGUGUGGCAAAAGCAGCUAGCAAAUAUUUCAUUUCACCUGAACAUAUUCUCUUGAUUCAUGAUGAGCUUGACAAACCUCUAGGGAAAUUCGGCAUUAAACAUGGUGGAAGUGCAAGGGGUCACAAUGGUGUAAGAUCAUGUGUGGACUGCCUUCAAACUGAUGUGAUGCCACGGUUGCGCAUUGGUAUUGGGCGACCGUCAGGUAAAACGGCUGUCGACCGUUAUGUUUUGGGACGUUUUUCACAAGAGGAACAAAAAGUUCUAGACUCUGUCAUGAAGCAGAGUGUAGAUGUUCUGCUGACAUAUAUCACAGACUUGCAACCCCAGACUUCACCAGCAGAGGGAAGAAGAGCGGCACGCAAGAAUAAAGCAAGGACACUUUCACCGCCUCAAGACACCACAGAAGAGCAGAAACAGAGCUGACUUCCUGUUACUACACACUUUUGAUAACUAAUAAUUUAUUUUGUGAAGGAGCUGAGUUUUGUUAAGAGGAAGAGGGAAGGACUCUGUCAUGAAGGACAAAACCAAAACUGACUUAAAUGCAUAGUAAUUUUUGAUAACUCUGUACUAAAGGACUUGAGCUUUGUUAGGUCUCUGCCAUAUUUUGAAGUUCAGUAUAUUGGGUAUAUUAUGUUUUUUUUUCCAAAUUUAGGUUUGCAAACCCCUAGAGGUUCCUGCAGGAACUGCAGAAAAUUCAUCAAAUUGUAAUAGGAAUAUCAAUGCUGUAUUAAAUAAAGUAAAAAAAAAAAUGUAUAAUGCUUAAAAACAACAACAAAACAUGUCAAAUUGAUAAUUAAAAUAAUAUAAUUUUAAAAUGCAUAUUACCAGUUUUUUUUAUCAGAAAUAGAAUUUUUUUGUAACAUUAUAAAUGUCUUUAUCAUCACUUUUGAUUAAUUUAAAGCAUCCCUGCUAAAUAUGUUAUUUUAAACAGUAUAGUGUAUAAUGUUACAAAAGCUUUUUAUUUCAGAUAAAUGCUGAUCUUUGGAUCUUUCUAUUCAUCAAACAGUCCUGAAAAAAUGUACUCAACUGUUUUAAAUAUUGUGUUUUAAACAAUGUUUAUUGAAAAGCAAAUCAGCAUAUUACAAUGCUAGACUGGAGCAAUGAUGCUGAAAAUGUAGCUUUGAUCACAGAAAUAAAUUACAUUUUAAAAUAUAUUCAAAUAGAAAACAGUUACUUUACAUAGUAAAAUGUUUCAUAAUAUUACUGAUUUUGCUGUAUUUUGCAUCAAAUAAAUGCUGGCUUGGUGAGCAGAAGAGAAUUCUUUAAAAACAUUAAAAUCUUACUGAUUAAACACUUUUGACUAGUAGUGUAAUAACCCUAAGAAAAUAAAUAACAGAAAUGCAAUGUACUGAAAUUUUGAAAGCUUAUUAUUACAAUAAAUAUCAGUAUGUUUUCACAUAACUUUGUGUCAGUGUGAAAAAACGGGUUGGAAAACCCUGGUUUAAAACCUGGACAAGACUGACCU